AUGAAUUCUACUCAAUGGCUCCAGCCACCUUAUAAAUUUACUACACCAAACGAUGUACUCUCCGUUGGCAUAUCUUUACCGAUAAUAUGUAUCGUGUUACUUGGGCUACGCUUCUAUGCUCGCAGACACCAUGGGGCGUAUAUUGGAAUAGACGACUGGCUCAUCGCCUUAGGAGUGCUUAUGAUAACAGCAAUAGGGGCCUGCAUGGUUGCUGGUGAACGCCUCAAAGUCGUUGGAUAUCCGACGCCCGUGCCAUCCGGGACUACGACGGCCCAAGCAUAUGGGCUAUUUCUGUUAUCGCACGUAACAGCAGCUAAGCUUGAAUUUGCGGUGCAAAUACUAAUGUGUUUUGCUUUUGGGUGCAUCAAAACGAGCAUCAUAUUCUUUUCGAGACGAAUUUUCAUCGGCCAUAAGAAAUCCAUCUUCGAUAAGGUAUCAUGGGCUUUGAUUGCUCUAUCAACUGUGUGGUCCAUCACGUUUUUAUUUGUUAUCAUAUUCGGAUGCGGCAAGAACGUACCGUUACGCUGGGCGCCGAUAGAAUCUACACAGGCUGCUGGUUGUGACGCCAUUAGGCCGGAAAAGGCGCUCAUAACAUCGAAUUUCGUCCUAGACUUGUUGAUUCUCGGCCUUCCACUCCCUACGAUUUGGACGUUAAACAUGUCGCCUAGGAGAAAGCUCGCGACCACCGGCAUAUUUCUGGUGGGAUUCUUGUCUUUAGGUGCGGCGAUUACGCGUGUGGUAAUAUUCUUCAUAGUAUCAUAUCAAAACCACGGAAUGGACUACGAUACAAACCAGACUGUCACAACAAUGCUUUGGCUAGCCAUGCUAGAAUCUUGCCUCGCAGCAAUUGCAUCAUGUCUCCCUACGCUUACUAUCCUAGGAAAAAAUGUCAGAUUCCGGAAGUUGUACUAUCGAUUAGGUGGUGGUGCAGGUCUUUUAUCGUUCUGGAAACCCGAUUCAGGAAGCAGACGAUGGCCACGCCCUAGUGGUGACAACGGUGACAACAAUUCCUACGCAUUUGCUUCUAUGGACCCGACAAGGAAAAAGGGAAAUAUUGUUAUUGAGCGGCAGAUUUCAGUACGGAGAGAUGGGCUGUUUGGAUAA